CAUGCAGACCAACUACUCUGUCCUUCACCAUAUAAAUACAUCUCAAAUACCUACUUUCUUCUUAUCUUUCUUGCUCACUGUUUCUUUCUGUUCUAUCUAAUAGCAUUGAAACAUCGUCAAAUUCUCCCCUUAUUCCUCUUCCAAAAUGAAUAUUGUAAUCGAAAACAACCCUUCAAGCAGAAGGUUAUCCGACCUUGGAGUCAUGUCAUGGCCUAAAUGGUCUUGUCAGCCGGGGAAAUAUGCAUUGGUAUUUGAAGAAAGAGAAACAUGCUAUCUAGUGAAGGGAAAGGUGAAGGUGUAUCUAAAAGGGUCAUCUGAGUUUGUAGAGUUUGGUGCAGGAGACCUUGUGACCAUCCCCAAGGGACUUAGCUGCACUUGGGAUGUAUCACUUUUCAUCGACAAACACUACAAGUUCGAUCCUCCUACUUCUCCAUAAUAUUUCCUAAUUACAAUCUACUUUUGGGUUAGUCUUUAUCAUCAUGAAGCAAAGAAGACUCUAUAUUCAGACACUAGGUUAUGAAAGAGAAACCAAAAAGAUAAUGCUUUAGAAUACGUACAAAGCCCUUCCUAGAUUAUGUUUUCAGAUGUAACUUCUUUGUUUGUCAUAGAAAAAGCAAUUUGCAUAUGCCAAUACUUAUUUGUUUAUCCA